CCCGCCCUGAACGAGCACCGACUCGACGCUCUCAGUGUGUGCGCGCCGUGUUGCUGACUCGACUGUCAGAAAGUGCACGGACGCUUCAACUCGGCGCCGAGGGUCCAAUGGUUCCGCAGCGGCUGCGCGCCCGGUGAGUGUGUGCGUCGCGACUCCUGCGCGAAAGAAAGGGACUCGGCCGCGCGUCCGCUGCCAGCGCGGGGGACGUCCGAGAGGAGGCCGACAACGAGGGAGCAAAAGUUCGGCCGCGGCACCGCAGCCAUGUCGGCACGACCAGGCUUCGCGAGCCCGUUCCACCGACCUCGGUGUUUGGCCGCUGCGGCUCCGUCGGGCCGGGCCAAACCCACGCACCCUGGCAAGGCGGUGGUGGCCGGUGGGGUUGCAGGAGGCAUCGAGAUCUGUGUCACCUACCCAACAGAGUAUGUCAAAACACAGCUGCAGCUCGCAGAAAAGGCGAAUCCUCCCAAAUUUAGAGGCGUCACGGACUGUGUGAAGCAGACUGUGAACAGUCAUGGGGUGAGGGGUCUGUACAGAGGUCUAAGCUCACUGCUCUAUGGCUCCAUACCUAAAGCAGCUGUAAGAUUUGGGAUGUUUGAGUUCCUGAGUAAUAAGAUGCGUGACGAGAACGGUAAACUAGACAGCACGAAAGGAUUCUUCUGCGGCUUAGGAGCUGGAGUUGCAGAAGCUGUGCUCGUUGUGUGUCCUAUGGAGACCAUCAAGGUCAAAUUCAUCCAUGACCAGACAUCAGCAAACCCAAAGUACAAGGGAUUUUUCCAUGGGGUGAGGGAGAUUAUUCGAGUCCAAGGAAUAAAGGGGACGUAUCAGGGCCUAACAGCCACUGUGCUGAAGCAAGGCUCCAACCAGGCCAUCCGCUUCUUUGUCAUGACUUUACUGAAGAACUGGUACACAGGUGGUGACCCCAGCAUAUACAUUAACCCUCUGAUAAUUGGAACGUUCGGAGUGCUUGCUGGUGCUGCCAGUGUGUUUGGAAACACUCCCAUUGAUGUGAUUAAAACCAGAAUGCAGGGUCUUGAAGCUCACAAGUACAAAAGCACAUGGGACUGUACUGUCAAGAUCAUGAAGCAUGAGGGACCAAAGGCGUUCUACAAAGGUACUGUUCCUCGUCUUGGUCGGGUGUGUUUGGACGUGGCGCUAGUCUUCAUAAUCUAUGAGGAAGUCGUAAAGGUCCUGAACAUUUUUUGGAAGACGGACUGAAAUAUACAUCCUGGUGCUACACGAGUAAGAGUGUUAGGACAGGCCACCCACAGUAAAAAUCAGGGUUAUGUUUAGAAUGACAAACCAAUCUCUGUUAACACUGCUUCUAGGUUCUAAUGUCUACCUCCAAGGGAUUUUCAGAAAGAAUGAAAGGGAUCGAUAAAUUCUUGAUUUUAUUUAUAACACAGCCAUUACAGGUUGAUCUGCAUUAUCUGCAUGAAAGAAGCUCCAGAUUGCAGAGUCACUGUGUACACAUGCUUUUUUUUCUUAAAUUCCAGAAGGGUAAAGUUCCUGAGGAGCUCAGGGAAAGGAACCUUUACAUUUGCUUAACUAGAGAAAUGGGAGCACUGUCAAUCAAAAAAGGAGUGUGUCUCAAUUACAGCUCUUUCAAUUCAGUUAUAUUAAAAAAUAAAAACCAAUACAUGCUCUGACAUAAUGGGACUCAGAUACUAUAGACAAAUAAAUUAUACUUGAAAAUGAGAGAUUAUACCAGAGAUCAGACUUUUCAUACCCUUCUUUAUAUGCAAAUAUUUAAAAAAAAUCCCCCUGUUUUUAGAAGACCGUUCAAAUCCAUUGUUUCAUACAGACACUGAUUGAAUAGUCACUCUUCACAUUUCACAUGCUGCAGAAGUUUAGGUAAAUUAAGAUGUUAAUGCCUUAAAUGACAAUUGUUAAAAUUAAACAUGUUAUGAUCUGGAAAGAUGAAGUUUUUAUAUUGCAUAUCUACUCAAUCUAUUUAGAAAUGCACAUUUCUACAAAAUAAUCAGUUGAGGUGGUGUAAAGAUGUGAUUCACUUCACAGAAAUGUUUUAAUCAAUUAACUUAGUAGUCUGAUGCUGUACAAAGUGCCAAUGUAAUAUAUGAUUCAUUUUGAGAUCUUUUGAGAUUAAGAAUGAUUGAAUGUUGUAUGUACUUUGACACUAGAAUUUUUUUUAAUGAAUGUACUAAGUUGCACACACUGCACUGGUGCCAAAUGUUUAAUUCCAGGCUGCAUCUGAGUUACAGUAUAUCUGAGAUGGCCAUGUUUUCUGCAAUUUCACUGCAAUUAUUACUAAGAACUUCUCCUUCUGAAUCCACAUUGCCUUUAAUGCAUAGAUAUUCCUGUUUGAGAAGUAACAUUAACAGUGCCUUCAAGAUUUUUCAGAUGCUGUUUUCUAAUUUUUUAUAUUAAUUGCCUUUACUUUUUACAUUAACUGACAAGCCAAUGUGCCAACUGCUGCUUAGAAACCUGGCAUGAGUCUGGCAUGUUUACAUGCAGUGCAAUGAUUUUUUUUUCACAUCGUACGGUCUAUGUAGGAUACAUAAUGUUUACUUUGAGCUAUCUAUUUCAACUUUAUGUUAAACCGGCCAUGCAGACAUGUAGACCUACGUAUGUCAUAGAUAUUUUAACAUCUUUGAUGUUUUCAUAUUAUUUCCACAUGUAAACUGUCCUGUAGCUAAACUCAGUAUUGUGCCUUCAAAUUAAAUCUAAUAUGUAUGCUCAGAAAUAAACAUCCGAUGUGAGUCUUGAA